CCCUCUAGAAUCAAACCAAGUUUUUUGAAAAAUUUUAACGUUCAAAUAUUAAACGCCCCGUGAUUGUGACUCACCCCGGAGCUUUCCCGCGUACCACGGAGUGAGUCAUAGUUUUAGCUACAACAGGAUGGUGCAGUCAGGAGGCAUGGAUAGCGCGGGUGACCGCAACUCAACGGCCAACAAAGCGAACCGACCCAGCCAGCUAUUGACGGACGAGGAAAAUGAUCAACUUUUCCGCUUGAUCGGCCGACGCUGCCAGUCGCUCUGCACGGCGGUCGUGCAGCUAUACACGACGCAGUCCCCGGCCCAUGCGUCCUGGGUCAAACAAGGCAUUGGGGCACUCUGCUUCAUCAAGGACAAUCAGCGCAAGUCGUACUACUUCCGGCUGUACUGCCUCAUGGCGAACGUGACGGUGUGGGAGCAGGAGCUGUACGAGAAGAUCGAGGUAACGCAGCCGAAACCGUACCUCAUCACGUUCGAGGGACAGGAUGGCAUAGUAGCGCUGAACUUUGCCACUGAGGACGAGGCGGCCGCAUUUAUGAGCACGACCCAAACCACCGUGAACAAUCGCAACAGGCAAAAGCGCAUCAAGCGGACCAGCACACGGAUGGAUCAGCCACCAGCCCGGCCACCACCAAUGUCAGCGAUACCCGGCGGCAACCAGAACUCGGAUGUAACCGAAUCGGGCGUCAUCUAUCGUAAUAAACAACCUCACUCGGCAUUCCAACAACCACAACCGAAGCAGCAGCAUCCGCAGCAAUUGGCAAGCCAGCCGCUCCAGAAGCCGCGCAAGGCGAAGGGCAAGCUGUCGAAGGCGGACAUCGGCACGCCGUCGAACUUCCAGCACGUCACGCAUGUCGGUUGGGAUCCGCAAGGCGGGUUCGACAUGAGAGGCGACGGGGACGAACUCAAUAAUUUCCUCAAAAAGGCCGGAAUUCGCGAUCAGCAAUUAAAGGAUCGCGAAACGCGCGCAUUCAUCUACGAUUUCAUCAAGACGAACAACGUGCUUGAGCAGGUCAAGUCGGAAAGCAGCGACAAGAAACAGAGGCCACCAGCACCACCAACGCACCAGAACCAGAGCGGUAAUGGCCAACGGCCGCCUCCACCACCGCCGCAACGCCCGCUUCCUCCAAUACCUACGGCAACUCCACCUCCGGCGGUCACUCGUCCGCCACCACCAAUGCAAUCGGCACCGGGUCCACCGCCUCCGCCACCACCACCACCCAUGAUGUCUGAUGGGCCGAUGCCACCGCCACCUCCGCCAACCAUGAUGCCGCCCCCGGUCAAGGGGCUCGCCCCGCCCAUUCCCGGCGGAGCUGCUGCAGGCGGUGCCCAGGACGAUCGGUCAGCCUUGUUGGACAGCAUCCGCAAAGGAACAACACUGAAGAAGGUAGACCAAGGCACACAUAGCACGGGCAGCGGCAGUGGGGAUACUCGCGGCGAUCUGAUGAGCGAGAUCCAAAAGGGCUUCCAGCUGCGUCCGGUCGCUGAUCGCGAGCUCGGUAACGCUCCUGGCGACCGAAAUAGUGGCGGCAGCGGUGACGGAGGCGGCACGGACGCGCUGGCCGAUGCGCUCCGGCGUGCCCUGGCCGAGCGCGGCCGCGUCAUUCGAUCGUCGGACGAGGAGGACAACGACUCGGCAUCGAACAAAUCUGACUGGGAGGAUUAAAUAUCAAGCAAAUAAUGAAUAUAUCAUUUAUUUACCAGCGAUACCGCAAUGUAAAAACGGUGGUGUUACUAUUCACACAUUCUAUUAAAAAAACGCAUAGUCAAUGAAUUCCAAUAAAUAAAA